AAGGCCGCAGAGAAUAUUUAUUUAAAUAUGUCAGUUUUCUAAAAUAACUCACGGUGUCGCUGUUCACCAUCAAGGGGAAACUAGACAAGCACCUCCUACUUAAUUUUUUAUUAUUCAGAUCAAAUCACUCCGCUCCCACAUCAAAUCUAUAUUCGCACACCAUACGGACUGCUUUGGCUGUCUAACCGAAAUCAUAUUUCUCCAAGUUGAUUAGUUUGAAAUGGGAACGUUCUUACGGAUCGACCUUAACAUGGACCGUAGAGGCUUCUCUGUUACCGGAGCGAGUUGCUGUUGGUUUUUCUUUCUUUUAACCAUGCCAGCUUCGUUUGGAGAUGUGAGCUAUUCUGUUCCGGAGGAGCUAAAACGCGGCUCCGUCAUUGGGAAUAUUGCAAAUGAUCUUGGGGUGGAUUUUAAAAGUCUGUCGCUUCGCAAGGCUCGCUUACAGACUGAAGGAAGCAGCAAGCGCUAUUGUGACAUCAAUCUGAAUUCUGGCGAUUUGAUUGUGGCCGAGAGGAUCGAUAGAGAACAGCUUUGCGGCCAAAAGGCUGUGUGUAGUCUAAAAUACGAGCUGGUGCUUGAAAAUCCGUUGGAUUUACACCGUGUUGUUGUGCAAAUUGAGGAUAUAAAUGACAACUCGCCUAAGUUCGCGAAGGAUAUGAUCAGACUGGAAAUUCAAGAAUCUGCCGAUAAAGGCGCCCGCUUUCCAGUGAAUGAGGCACACGAUGCGGAUAUAGGGCAGAACGCAGUUCAAAGCUACACACUUCAAAGGAAUGAUCAUUUUGUUCUGGCCGUUCAGACGAAUAUAGACGGAGGAAAAUACGCUGAAUUAGUUUUAGAAAAAGAAUUGGAUCGCGAGGAACAGCAGGAGGUUUCAUUGUUACUUACAGCUGCCGACGGAGGGACGCCUCAGAGAUCUGGGACCGUAGUUAUUCACAUCACUGUGCUGGAUGCUAACGAUAACAUCCCCGUGUUUAACCAAGCCAUUUAUAAAGUCAGUCUUCCUGAAAAUUCUCAUUUAGGUGCCGUUGUGGUCACAGUCAGCGCCAGUGAUGCAGACGAGGGAGCCAAUGGAGAGGUGACAUAUGAAUUCAGUCGCAUUUCCGAUGAGGCGAAAGAUUUAUUUAGUCUUGAUCACAAAACUGGGGAAAUUCGAGUAACGGGACCCAUUGAUUUCGAAGAAGAGUCUAGUUAUGAGCUGCGCAUUGAAGGUAAAGACGGAGCUGGAUUAGCUUCGCAUACCAAAGUAAUAGUCGAUAUCACUGAUGUGAACGACAAUGCACCAGUGAUAUUUGUGACGUCAUUGUCUAACUCAGUGCCUGAGAGCGCGCCACCUGGCACAGAGGUAGGCAUCAUUAAUGUUCAGGACAUCGAUUCAGAAGAUAAUAGUCAAGUUCGGUGCUUCAUUCAAGGACAUGUACCUUUCAAAUUGAUGCCUUCUAUCAAAAAUUUUUAUUCAGUUGUAACAACUGGUGUCCUGGACCGGGAACUCCAGUCAGAAUACAAUAUUUCACUGGCUGCGUCAGACGAAGGCUCCCCACCCUUAUCUUCCUUUAAAACACUGUAUGUGUCCAUCUCAGAUGUGAAUGACAAUCCACCUACAUUUGAUGAGCGGUCGUACAGCGCCUAUGUGACUGAAAAUAACAAACCUGGCACCUCUGUCAUUUCUGUGAGGGCGAGAGACCCAGACUGGAGACAGAACGGCACGAUUUUAUAUUCUCUGUUGUCCAGUGAAGUCAGUGGUGUGCCCGUGUCUUCAUUUUUAUCGAUUAACGGAGACUCCGGUGUGAUCCAUGCAGUGAGAUCAUUUGAUUAUGAGCAGUGCAGGAGUUUCAAAGUUCAGGUUGUUGCCAGAGACAACGGUUCCCCUCCACUAAGCAGCAAUGUGACUGUGAGUGUGUUCAUAACAGAUGAGAAUGAUAACUCUCCACUGAUACUAUAUCCUGCGCCUCUCGGGAACUCCAUCAUGACUGAGAUGGUCCCUAAAGCUGCUCAUGCAGGCUCUCUGGUUUCCAAGGUGAUCGCUGUGGAUGCAGACUCUGGACAGAACGCAUGGCUGUCCUAUCAGAUCCUGAAAUCCACUGAUCCUGGACUUUUCACCAUUGGUCUCCACAGCGGGGAGAUCAGGGUGCAGCGGGACAUUGCUGAAUCGGAUACUAUGAAACAAAACCUUGUCAUAUCAGUGAAAGAUAAUGGACAGCCAUCUCUCUCGACAACCUGCGCUGUGUAUUUACUAAUUUCAGAUAAUUUGGCAGAACUUCCGGAGCUGAAAGAUAUGUCACAUGAGGAGAACAGUUCUAAAUUAACUUUCUAUUUGAUCAUUGCUCUGGUCGCAGUUUCCACCUUCUUCCUGACGUUUAUUGUCCUCAUUGUGGUCGUAAAGUUUUACCGCAGAAGAAAGCCCAGGCUGUUGUUUGACAGCGCAGUAGCCAUUCCCAGCGCAUAUUUCCCUCCCAACUACGCGGAGGUGGAGGGAGCAGGAACACUUCGCAGUUCCUACAAUUAUGACACUUACUUAACGACUGGGUCACGCACGAGCGACUUCAAGUUUGUUCGCUCGUUUAAUGACGGCACACUCCCUGCUGAUCAAACGCUGAAGAGGAGCCCCCAUGAAACUAGUGAACAGGGCGCAAUGACAGAGGAUGGGUCAGAAUUCUCCACUCUGGUAAAUAAAAAUAUAUAUUGUUCUAAAUGUCGUAAUCCAAAAUUGUUUCAUUUACAAGUUUGUUUAAACAGUUUUUCUCCAGAUUUAACCAGUUUGAAUUUGCACAUGCAGUAGGUAGGGUGUAAGACAAUUGAUUUUUACGAAACUUCGUGUGUGUUAGUUGGAUAUUCAGGAACGUAAGGAAGUUUAAUCAUGGAUGGAACGAAAGCACAACACAAUCAGCAGUUUACACUCACAUAUUUUCUAAUCCGCCCAGAAAUUGAGACACUGGGAGGAUAGCCAUGAUGUAAAAUAUCUUCUGAUUAUACAUGCUAUUAAUUCUGAUCACUCUCCCCAGAAUAAUGAGUAAAAUA